UCUUUGUACUUUUUUUUUGCGAUGUUAGCACAAUCCUUCCCUACUCCGAUGGAAGAGCCGAAGAAGGUGCUCCGGGCGCAGUACCUGGGGAGUCUGCAGGUGGGUAAUGCCACUGGUAUGGAGGUGUUGAACGAUGCGAUCGAGAGGCUCGUGACUACCGUGCCGCAGGAUCAGUGGCAAUCGGUGAACGUCGCAGUCGCACCGUCUAUGAUCAGCAUCCUGCAACCGAGCGACGACAAGCUGAUCACAGAGUGCCGGGUUCGUUACCUCUCGUUCCUCGGCAUCGGGAAGAACGUGAAGCAGUGCGCGUUCAUCAUGCACACCGCUCAGGACACCUUCGUGGCGCACAUCUUCCACUGCGAGCCAUCGUCAGGUGCCCUCUGCAAAACUAUAGAAGCCGCCUGCAAGCUGCGAUACCAGAAGUGCUUGGACGCUCAUCCGCAGGGUCUGGGCCGCAGCCAAUCGAAUCUGCACACUCCGGGAAAGAGCUUCGGCGCCGCCCUCAAGUCCAUCGUCGGUUCAAUCACCGGGCGCAAGAGCAAAAGUACCGAAUCCUGAGAUGAAGCCCAGUCUCUGCAGGAACUAUGGCCACUGCCUGCGGAGCGAGAGGUAAUAAGACAUAAACAUUUGCAGUCGCCCCUCACCAUGAAGUAUUUCAGUACGAGUCCACCAUCCGCAGAACUUCGAUCCCUUCUGUCGCCGACCCUAGACUCGCGACGUCUCCAGAUCGCCAGAUGGGACUCGGCCAGCUAAGUCCACCCCAAUCCCCGUGCAUCUUCCGGCUCUCCGUCGAGACCCUCUGCAUCGGAUCCCAAAGAAUCGCAUAAAACAAAAGCAAGAAGAAGAAGAGGAAAAAACAAACACAGAUAUUGCGAUUUUUAACACUCUCAAUCAAUCUUUCUCUCUCUCUCUCACAGACACACACAAAUACACAUACACACACAAAAGAAAAACACACAUACACAUAACUAAGUACUAAUACUAAUUCUCUUAAGUACGUGGGUUCAUUUGAAAUGCUUCAAUAGUGUUGUACAAUUAAAUGUAUUAAUCAAAAAAAAAGAAAGAAGGAGUUAAUAAGAAUAAUAAUUAAAUUAAUCGUAGUUGGACGUGAGAAUAAUAAAUUAAUUAAUUGAAAAAAUAAAAGAAAAACGCGAUGGCGGGCGGAGGAGAGUACAAUUUUCUAGUGAAUCUUUAAUUUUAUAUUAAUUAUUAUUUUAUUUUCGAGAGAAAUUUUACAACACAAAAAAAG